UGCUGUUUCGAGUACCGAUUGGAACUCCAGCUCCGGCCGUCGUUGCUCAGUGCUCGCUGGCACUCGGCUCCGCCGUCGUGUAGCCAUCUAGCGCUGCGUUUCAGGCCCGACGAUUUCUUUGAAAUGGAACAAGGGAGGCAGGUCUUCGAAGUCGACCUUCUUGAAAGGUAUGCUGCAAAGGGGCGCGGAGUUAUCACAUGCAUGACUGCUGGAAAUGAUGUCAUUGUGAUAGGAACUAGUAAAGGCUGGGUCAUCAGGCAUGAUUUUGGGGUCGGUGAUUCAUAUGAAUUCGAUCUCUCUGCUGGCCGGCCUGGUGAGCAAUCUAUCCAUAGGGUCUUUGUAGACCCUGGAGGCAGUCACUGUAUAGCCACUGUUGUUGGUGCUGGAGGAGCUGAGACAUUUUAUACUCAUGCAAAAUGGACAAAGCCCCGAGUUUUAAGCAAGCUGAAAGGCCUUCUUGUGAAUGCUGUUGCAUGGAACAAGCAACAGAUAACAGAAGUUUCCACAAAGGAGUUCAUUAUCGGCACAGACAAUGGCCAACUUCAUGAACUUGCUGUGGAUGAAAAGGACAAGAAAGAAAAAUAUAUUAAGUUUCUCUUUGAAUUAACAGAACUUCCAGAAGCUUUUAUGGGUUUACAGAUGGAGACAGCCAGCUUAAUCAAUGGAACUAGAUAUUAUGUGAUGGCUGUUACUCCAACACGACUUUAUUCCUUCACUGGCUUUGGGUCACUGGAAGCUGUUUUUUCGAGUUAUUUACAUCGAACGGUGCAUUUCAUGGAACUUCCUGGAGAAAUACCAAACAGUGAGCUGCAUUUUUUCAUUAAGCAACGAAGAGCUGUGCAUUUUGCAUGGCUUUCUGGUGCUGGUAUUUACCACGGGAGUUUAAAUUUUGGUGCCCAACAUAGUUCUCUGAAUGGGGAUGAAAAUUUUGUUGAAAGCAAGGCUCUUUUGGAUUACUCAAAAUUAGUGUCUGAAGGUGCAGAAGUAGUUAAACCAAGUUCUAUGGCAUUGUCUGAAUUCCAUUUCUUACUGCUAAUAGGGAAUAAGGUCAAGGUUGUAAAUAGAAUUAGUGAGCACAUCCUGGAGGAACUUCAGUUUGAUCAAACUUCGGAUGCAGCACCAAAGGGUAUUAUUGGACUAUGUAGUGAUGCCACUGCUGGUCUGUUCUAUGCAUAUGAUCAGAACUCUAUCUUUCAGGUGUCUGUUAAUGAUGAAGGUCGAGAUAUGUGGAAGGUAUAUCUUGACAUGAAAGAAUAUGCAGCUGCUUUAGCAAAUUGUCGUGACCCACUUCAAAGGGACCAAGUAUAUUUAAUGCAGGCUGAAGCUGCAUUUUCCUCAAAGGAUUUUCUUAGAGCUGCAUCUUUCUAUGCCAAAAUUAAUUAUAUUCUAUCAUUUGAGGAAGUCACUCUGAAGUUCAUCACUGCUGGUGAACAGGAUUCUUUGAGAACUUUUCUAUUGCGGAAACUUGAUAGUUUAGCAAAAGAUGAUAAAUGCCAAAUAACAAUGAUAUCCACAUGGGCAACUGAGUUAUACUUGGACAAGAUAAAUCGACUGCUUUUGGAGGAUGACUCUGCUUGGGAGAAUCACAACUCAGAGUACCAAUCAAUCAUUAGAGAGUUCCGUGCUUUUCUCAGUGACUCCAAGGAUGUAUUGGAUGAAACAACAACGAUGAAACUUUUGGAAAGUUAUGGAAGGGCUGAAGAAUUGGUUUAUUUUGCUAGCCUAAAAGGCCAAUAUGACAUUGUUGUCCAUCAUUACAUUCAGCAAGGAGAAGCGAAAAAAGCAUUGGAAGUGCUCCAGAAACCUGCUGUGCCUGUAGACCUUCAGUACAAGUUUGCUCCAGAUCUUAUUGCUCUUGAUGCAUAUGAAACUGUGGAGUCAUGGAUGGCUACGAAGAACCUGAACCCAAGGAAACUUAUUCCUGCAAUGAUGCGUUACUCAAGUGAACCUCAUGCAAAGAAUGAGACGCAUGAAGUCAUCAAAUAUCUUGAAUAUUGCGUUCAUAGGUUGCAUAAUGAAGACCCUGGAAUUCAUAACCUGUUGCUUUCUUUAUAUGCAAAGCAGGAAGAUGAUAGUGCACUUCUUCGAUUCCUACAAUGCAAAUUUGGAAAAGGACAAGAAAAUGGCCCCGACUUUUUCUAUGAUCCUAAGUAUGCUUUACGUCUUUGCUUAAAGGAAAAACGAAUGCGUGCAUGUGUUCAUAUAUACAGCAUGAUGUCUAUGCACGAAGAGGCUGUUGCUCUUGCACUCCAGGUUGAUCCAGAACUAGCUAUGGCUGAAGCUGAUAAAGUUGAAGAUGAUGAAGACUUGAGAAAGAAGCUUUGGCUCAUGAUUGCCAAGCAUGUUGUUGAACAAGAAAAAGGAACCAAAAGAGAAAAUAUAAGGAAGGCAAUCGCAUUUCUUAAAGAAACUGAUGGCCUGUUAAAGAUUGAGGAUAUACUACCCUUCUUCCCAGACUUUGCCCUGAUAGAUGACUUCAAGGAGGCUAUCUGCUCAUCAUUGGAGGAUUACAACAAACAAAUUGAACAGCUGAAGCAAGAGAUGAAUGAUGCAACACAUGGUGCUGACAACAUCAGAAGUGAUAUCAAUGCACUUGCUCAGAGAUAUGCUAUUAUUGAUCGGGAUGAGGAAUGUGGGGUAUGUCGACGAAAAAUUCUAACUGCUGGCAGGGAGUACGGCACGGCUCGUGGUUUUACAUCAGUAGGACCAAUGCCUCCCUUUUAUGUCUUUCCAUGUGGACAUGCCUUCCAUGCACAAUGCCUGAUUGCCCAUGUGACUCGUUGCACUGAUGAAGCCCAUGCUGAGUACAUACUGGAUCGGCAAAAGCAGCUUUCUUUGAUGGGUGGUGAAGCAAGGAGGGACUCCAAUGGUGCCCUUUCUCCUGAAGACUCAACCAUACCUAGCAUGAGCCCAGCAGACAAGCUCCGAUCACAAUUGGAUGAUGCAAUAGCCAGUGAAUGCCCAUUCUGUGGCGAGCUGAUGAUCAAAGAGAUUUCUUUGCCUUUCAUCCUUCCCGAGGAAUCGCAGCAUGUUGUGUCGUGGGAGAUAAAACAAAAUGUUCACGUUGGAAGUCAGAGAAAUAUCCCUCUACCUGUGUGAUAGACUAGGAUGCUGCGUGCUUGCUGUUACUUGCUUCUGGUUCACUGUUAUGCUUAAAACUUCCGAUGGCACAGGUUGGAAGGCUGGAACUCAAUGGAAUAGGAUGUUUCAUGGAGUGUGUUGGUUGGUUGUGGUUCUUUCAAUACAUGUAUGUGUGUGUGUGUGUGUGUGUGUGUUGUUUUCAUUUAUGAGAAUUUUCAUUCUGACCCCAUAUUGUAAUUCAUACACCCAAUGCCCACUAUAAAUCGGUUCUCGUCAUGUUUUUCCCCUUGAGGUCAGUCUCUUGAUAUGUACUUUUUUGUAACUAAUCGUUGCACUAAUGUAUUUUUGGGCAUUGUGUUAUUAGUAAGCUUCCUCGUCCCAA